GGCAGGCUAGAUGUCGCAGGAACUACGACUAGACGUUUUUCGCUUUCACGUCAGAUUGAUACUCUCACACCCGGACGUAACCAACGCCUAGUCGCCGGAGAGGAACGAUGCAAACCAUAAAGUGUGUGGUGGUUGGAGAUGGAGCUGUCGGAAAGACCUGCCUCCUCAUCUCAUACACAACCAACAAAUUCCCCUCUGAAUAUGUUCCCACGGUUUUUGAUAACUAUGCUGUCACAGUGAUGAUUGGAGGCGAACCGUAUACACUGGGGCUUUUUGACACGGCAGGUCAGGAAGACUACGACAGACUUCGGCCUCUCAGCUAUCCGCAGACAGACGUCUUCCUUGUUUGCUUCUCUGUUGUUUCUCCUUCCUCCUUUGAGAAUGUGAAAGAGAAGUGGGUACCAGAGAUCUCUCACCACUGUCCACGCACUCCGUUCCUUCUGGUAGGUACUCAGGUUGACCUGAGGGAUGACAGUAACACUGUGGAAAAACUUGCCAAAAACAAGCAGCGCCCCAUAUCGCCUGAGAGUGGGGAGAAGCUGGCCAGAGACCUCAGAGCUGUCAAAUACGUGGAGUGCUCCGCCCUCACACAGAGAGGCCUGAAGAAUGUAUUCGACGAGGCGAUACUCGCUGCCCUUGAACCUCCAGAGACCAAACCCAAGAAGCGCUGCGUCCUUUUGUAGGAACACAAGCAGUGGGUGAUGCACUCACUCCAACAAGAGAGGCAGAGAAAAAGAAACAUUCUGGUGGGGUUUUUUUAAGGCUUGGGGUUUGGAGUGGAGAGAGUUAUAAUUGGGAAAAAUUAUGGGAACAAAACAGCAAAAAAAAAAAACCUAUCUGCCUUUCUAAAUGUUUCUAGAACAACAGAAGAAAUUAGAGAACCCUGGAACCAGUAACACCCCCUACAAACAAAGAGUAUAAUGACAAAAAA